AUGAGAGAACCAUCCUUUCAACCUCUAAGUGACGUGAUGAUUAUUGCUUUAUUUGAUAAACCAAACGACAGAGACUUCAUCAUAAAUCUGGAAAAUAUUCUUAUUAAUCUAAUUAAUUCAUCUGAUCCAUCAUAUCAAUUGACCCCAAUGAACUCAUAUUAUAGAUUAUUGACUCACCAAGUGGCACAAUACCAUAAUUUGGCACAUGUAGCUAAUGAUACAAGGUUAGUCAUAUAUAAAGAUGAUUCGUUCCAAUUUGAUGAUAAGAAACCAUUGUUACAGGCUUUGAAACAAAGUGAUUAUAAGAAGAAGAGCACCGUUUCAACGCCCACUACUAAGUAUAAGAUUCUUAAAAGAAAGAACAACCCGGCUAGUGAAAGUAGCGAGAGUUUAGAAUCUACAUCUUCUGCGAGUGUAAUACCGGGAAGCUCUAAGAGUGUCUCAGAACUAGAUAUGGAAAAGCAACGAAUAGAGAGAGAGAGACUUUAUGAACAAAAAAAAUUAGAGAUAUUUGAAAAAUUAAAUAGUGAAUUUGAAGAUGGUGAUGAUGAUCGAGAAGAAGAGAAGUUGUCGAAUCAAACGCGGAAUGGAGUGAGUUAUUUGAGGAACAAUAGUCAAUAUCAUGAUUACAAUAGUCGGCAGAGACAAUAUUUACCACCUUAUCCAUAUUCACAAACAAUGACUUCAAACCCCUAUCUGAAUAACCCGCAAAUAAUGUAUCAACAAGCAUACCCUAUUGCAAUACCGCCAUUAGCUCAACAAUAUCAGCAACAACAGUGUUUUCAAGGAUCAUACCCAUACCAACCGUAUCAAUAUCCGUACCAAUAUGCAAUGACAGCACCAGCAACAACACCACAAUUGAACUCCAAAAUACCCUAUUCUCAAAAUACAAUGGCCACGAAUUUUAAUAACAAAAAGAGAUAUAAAGAAAAGUAA